GAGAAGUCUCGCCUUAAGCGGCCAGAUGUGUAGUUAUGUUUCGAGACGGAAGGAGAAGCUUUUCGAUAAAACUUCGUAAAACGUCCUGUGUGUGUUGUCACAGAUUUCAUAGCUGGCUGAAGUGACCUUUUGAACUCAGCCACGUAGGACGAAGAACUACAGGAGAAAGUUGGUAAUUACAGAAAACGUAAAAAUAAAAGAAAACGUUGAGAAAUCACAGAAAACGGGUAUGUUGCGAGUGCAUGUUGGUUGGAGAGACAGUGGCAAGUGGUCAGUCGGUGUGGCAUAGCAGCGCUGGGGACACACUCAACCUUCAUCAUCACACACCGUUCCUGUUGUGGCCUUCCUAGUGUGGUGAUGAAACAAUAGUUCCUGCUAGACAUGAAGAGUGUCGCGUCACGAUAAUUAAUCUUCGUGCAUACACACCUUCCUCACGCUUCCUGUACAACUCUACUGUUGCACGCGUCCUCAAAGUCUCCAAGAUGGCAGAUUAUGCUGGCUUCCAAGACUCCGUCAAAAAGGUGUUGAACGCCAACCUAGUCACUAAAAGAGGUGCUUGUUUGAGAGUUGAUGCGGAGGAGGAGCAGCUGGAGGGAAAGACUGCUCGACGACGCAGCUUUCAGAAACUGGUGAAGAAAGUUGUGUACUCGCAAGCAACCAUCAAAGCCGUAGACUAUAGAGGACCUUCCAAGCACGUGCUGUACCCCAGCAGCCGGAAGACUGUUAUCAAACAAGUGUCAGUGGUAGGCGGGGAGCCUAUCACCCCUGACACAGCCAUUGAACUGCGGACAAAGAUUUUCGGGUCUGCUGACUUGAUAACUUUCUCGCUGAAUGAGUGGCUGGGUCAGCCAUUUUCCUUUCACGACGCGGAAACCGCCCUAGCCUACGGCCUCAAGGCUCCCAACUCCAGCACCAAGGGCCUAAUAAUCUGCAUCCAGGCAUACGUGCUCAAACACCUUCUCUUCAGCUCUUACAAAGCAGGAGCGGUGGGAGACGUUCUCAGGCUUUUGCGGACGACAAGGAAGGCACAGAUCGAUUCACUGGUGGGAGCCCUCAGUGACAUCCUAUGGAAGGCCGGGGAACGGAAACAUGCAGUUCUCUGCCUCACUCAAGAAGAAAUCUUCGUCAGUAACCACCCAUCGUUUAUGGAGGACGGGUGUACUGAGAAGAUAGUAACCUUCGACUUCGAUAAAUAUGAAGAACUGAAGUUUAAUAUUAGAAAAUAUCUUUACGAGUUGGUGAACGAGAACGGCAAUGGGUUGAUACUCUUCCUCUACAGCCUCAUUCUCUCUCGCACCUUCCACAGGUUAAAUGAGGACAUGAAUGGAGAUGAACAGAGCUUGAUCCAGGGCAACGGGGCGAUGCAUCCGAGCCUGGUUACUUUGCUCAUCAUGGGUCGACUUACACACCACCUCCACAAUGGCAUCAUUUACGAAGGCACAGAAGACACAAUGGCCAGGCCCAAGACAGGGAUUCUGGCCAGGGGAGAACUGGGUUUGUUGGUGUAUAAUCAGCAAGAAGGGGACAGGCAGGCGGUGGUUGGGUCGAGACUCAAGACGCCAACAUUUCCCAUCUGGGUCACGUGCUGCAACGACGCCUAUGGCAUUCUCUUCAACCCCAACAGGGACCUUCUUAGGGACUACCACGCUGAAAACAGGCAUGUAAAGAUCUUAGAGAAAGAAGCAGCACGUCAUGUCAGUUUCAACAAUGGCUUCGGCUUUUUAGUUUUAAUCGUUUUUUAUAAUUACUGGAGCACCUGUAGGGACCUCGGUGGAAAUUUUAGGGGAUUCUUUUAUAAUAUCACCAUUUUUUUUUUCGUUUGUAUGUUUGUUUUUAACUAAUGGUAGCUAUCUUAACCUUCUAAUUUUAUUGUUUUGCCAAGUGUUAGUUUUUGUGAAUAAUUUUCAC